UCCCAGCUCGUUCGUGACGCAACCUUUAUCAUUUACGACGACGCCAGGGAUCCCGAAAUACUUGGCAAGUCACCAACUCUUGACAUCUUGUUCACGGUGGACAAUGUCUUCCACGAAGCUCCAGUCUAUAUGCCGGAGCUAAAGACAAUUACUGCUUCGUCAUCGGAGCAACACGCUCUAUCCCAGACAAUAAUUGAUCUGGACUGCACACCACCAACAUCAUCGCCUUUCGAACCGGAAUAGCCAGUGUACGCUGUGAAUGGGGGUCAAUACUUCAGCGAUACCGUAUACUAGGCGGUCGUAGGUGGGUCGGUAACCCUAAAUUCCUCGACCACGUUCGAGAAAGUUCCUGGCAUUUACAUGCUUGACCCGAUCACCCGCAAGACCCAAACCAUUUUGAACAACUACUUCGGACAGCGCUUCAACAACCCAGAUGAUACAGUAUCCGACUCCACAGGCAAUAUCUUCUUCACGGAUCCGUUGCACGAAUCUAAUCUGAAUCUGACACAAAACACACCAUUUUGCGCCAGCAGAAGUAUCGCUUUCGUCCUUCCCCAGGUGCUAUGGGUAUUGCUGAUGGCAAUAUCGGCAUUUCAAAAGGUAUUACGCUGUCACCCGAUGUGCGCACGUUGUUUAUCCCAGACACGUCUGUCACCAACUUCACAGGCUUGGAUCCGAAUGUCCUACCGUGUUACCCGUGGGGUACGACAUCAGGAAAAUCCUUGUACGCAUUCGAAACUGUCGACUCGCCUGCUGAAAAGUACUUGGUCAACAAGCGGCCGAUAUGGUAUCCUGAAGAGUUUGCAGUGGGCGGUCUGCACGUUGCCAGUAACGGGUAUCUGGUCGGAGCAUCGGGAUUUGGCGUUGAUGUGCUGAGUCAAUGGUGAGAGCUUCUGGUCAGGGUGCAGACUGAUUCAAUCGCUAAUAACGUGCAGGUGUAAAGAAGGACUUGUGUGUUUUCGGACAGGGCAAGAUUGCUCGGGUUGAGUGGAAGUUGGAGGGUUUGGCGGAGCGAGAAGUUGCAUUAUCUUCGAGGAAUAGGUUGUUAAGUUCUUAGUCCUUUUGCGAUGUCCGCGAAUGCCUGGACGCCUUUGCGCCCCAAAGCGGUUCCUACGCCCACGGCCGUUGCGCCUACGGCUCUCAUCCUCUUAUAACCCUCCGCAUCUUCAACGCCACCUACGCCAAUGAUCUGAAUUUGGCUCAGCUCGUCA